UUCGUUAUAAUAUAUAUAAUUGCAUAAUUGUAAUUGUAUAAUUAUUUAAAAUAUUAUUUUGUCCUUUUUAUUUUUUUUAGAAAAGUCGCGGUGGGUUAUACCAUCCAAGUCACAUUUUGUGUGUUUUCUUUAUUAGGAACGACAUUGAUGGGUGAUUUUAAAUCGAAAAAAUUAAUGUUCCGCGCUUGGUUUCCUUUUGACAUCACCUCCUCGUGGUUUGCGUUUUCUAUGACGUUCAUCUAUCAGUUAGUGGGUUUAGUGAUCAUAUCCAAUGGUGUCUGUAUUUUCGAUACGUUAUUCGCCGGCCUAUUGCUUCACAUCUGUUGUCAACUCGAGAUGCUGGUUUAUCGUUUGCACAAUAUCGAAGGAAAUGAAAUUCAAUCGUUAAAACACUGCGUUUGGCACCAUAAUAAAAUAUUCAGGUUCGCCGAUAUUGUAAACAAUUUUUUUAACAAAUUAAUGUUCGUGCAAUUUGUGGAAAGCGCAAUCUCGAUAUGCUUUACCCUGUAUCUACUAACAGACAUAGACGACACUGCGCAAUUAAUAGGAUGGUCUUCGUUCAUGUUUGCCGCCGUAUUUCAAACUUUUUAUUUUUGUUGGUUCGGAGAUGUAGCAAAAGUAAAGAGCCUCGAUAUUUCUAAUAUGGUAUAUAAUAGCGAUUGGCCAAAUUUGAGCAACGACGCCAGGAAGAUGCUUGUGGUAAUCAUGGCACGUUCAUUGACGCCUGUUGAGAUUACAAGCGCCUAUAUUUUACCAAUGAACUUGGAAUCUUUCAAAGGUUUGAUGAAAGUUGCUUACUCGGCGUAUAACAUGCUGCUACAGAGUAAGUCAUCGGACUACUCUCUCACGCUAAUCUUGGACAUUUUCUACAACGUGGAAACGCAGGACGAUUUAAGUGAGAAUUUUAGCGUAACUGUCACGGUACUUAUCACGAGUUGCAAAUUUAUCAGCUUAGUCUUAGGGCGAAAAACUAUCAUAGAUAUAUUGGGUCUACUGAAGAAAAAGCCCUUUAUGCCGGAGAACAAUGAGGAGGUAGAAAUUUACGCGAAAUACGACAAUCUAAUAGAAUUCGCCGAAAUGGUAAAUAAUUUGUUUAGCAAAAUGAUGUGCGUGCAAUUUAUGGUAAGCGCAGCCGCCAUAUGCUUCAACGUUUAUCGAGUAACAGAAUCAAACGCAGACUUUUUAUCUCUGCAGAGCCUCGAUAUUCCUAAUAUGAUAUAUCAUAGCGAUUGGACGAAUUUGAGCAACGACGCUAAGAAGAUGCUUCUGAUAAUCAUGGCACGUUCAUUGACGCCUGUCGAGAUUACAAGCGCCUAUAUUUUACCAAUGAACUUGGAAUCUUUCAAAGGUGUCAGUAUCUAUGUAGAAAUACAUUAUAGCAGUGAGUGGAAGAGUAGAUUAAUGCGAAUACUUAAUAAACUGAGUAAUUCGCGGUGUGAAACAGAUCUGAGCCUAAAAUACUAGGCGUAGCUGUUGUAUUUAUUUAUAUCGUUUUCGUUGGAUCCAAAAGAUCCUACCUUUUGAAAUAGAUGGUCAUUGCUUGGAAAUUAGUUAACAGCAAUACAAAUUUUAUUGAAUUUAUACGUGUUGAAUUUAUACCUCAAAUAAAUGGAAAAUGAUACAAACUUGAAAAAUAUUACAAAGGAUUUUGAUGUGUUUAAAA